AUGCUAACAACCUCCAUGAUCGGCCUUGCUUUUGCUGGCAGCUUCUUGCUGCCGUUCGCGUCUAGUGUACGCAUUUCCCCGAAUAUCGAUGGCUCCCUGUCGCUCCAAGAUAGCUACGACUACAUUAUUAUUGGCGCAGGGAUAGGUGGGCUUGUCGUUGCAAAUCGCCUAUCAGAGAAUGUGUUAGUAUCCGUACUAGUGAUCGAGUCUGGAGAUCUUGAUGAUCGCGCCGAAGAUAUUUCGAUACCCGGGAAUAUUGGACUUGAAGAUCCACGCAGGUAUGAGUUAAAGCUAGAAAUGGCGCCGCAAAGGUUCCUUGACGGAGCAACCCGAGUCUUUACCCAAGGAAAUGCCGUCGGCGGUAGCACGAUAGUCAAUGGUCUUGUCUGGACGAGAGGCUCAGCGGCAGACUUCGAUGCAUGGGAACAUCUUGGAAAUACCGGUUGGGGAUGGAUGGAUCUUUUGCCCUACUUUCGGAAAUCCGAGAAUUAUUCAACACAGGUCGUUAACAAAUCAACACGAAAUAUCCCAACAGCCGCCCAUCCAGCUACCAGCAAGCAUGGCCAUGAGGGACCAAUCGAAGUUGGUUAUCCAAACUAUUUUUAUAACCAAUCUUACAACUUCCUCAACGGCAUCCAAAAGCUUGGGAUACCCGCUAAUGAAGACCCCAAUAGUGGGAAUGCUACGGGUGCUUGCAUAGUCCCAAGUAGCAUGACCGCGAAAAACCAGUCUCGUUCCGAUGCGCGCACUGCAUACCUCGAUCCCGUGUUGGAACGUCCGAACCUACAUCUCGUCACCGGUCACACCGUUACCCAUAUCCUCCACGGUGAGGGUAGCGGGAGAUAUCCCAAUUCAACUUAUACCCGUGGUGUUUCUGGCUUGAAUGUAACUGGUGUUGAGUUUGCUACCAACGAGACAGCCGACAGAAUCACAUCCACAUGUAAGAGGGAAGUCAUUCUCGCUGCUGGCUCCAUUUUCUCGCCGGUCUUACUGCAGAUCUCCGGUAUUGGACCGGCAGACCUUCUGAGAAAUCUAGGAGUUGAUGUCGUGGUAGAUUUACCUGGAGUAGGAAGCAACUUGCAAGAUCAUCCUACCCUGGAGCCUGUUUAUGACUAUGCCUCACCAGACGUGUUUUCGGCAUGGGAUAUUGUAGGAAGUAUGCGGGAUGUCGUCCGAGAGGAAUAUCUAGCCAACCGCACAGGACCUUGGACGGCUCCGAUGGUAAAUGCCAUUGCCCUGCCUGUUUUAAGUUGGAUAACCAAUCGUGUUCAAGAGGUGCUAGACGACGCGGCGAACGCAACAAACGACCUGCCGUCUUCGUACGAUACAACCCUUCGCACAGGAUAUGCCGCACAGCAAGCCGAGCUGUUAUCCCUUCUUAUGCGGACUGACACGCCAGCUUACGAGGUAAUGUCGACAUCCUGGGGCCAACUAGCAAUAAGCGCCAUGAAGUCGUUCUCUCGAGGCACAGUCCUAGCGAAUUCUUCGUCUAUAUUUGAAAACUCUCAGCCCAUUAUUAAUCCGCGGUUUUGUUCACAUCCUGUCGACUGCGAGCUGCUACUCCUCGGGCUUGAAUUCAAUGAUCGCCUUAUCCAGACGCCACCAAUGGCUGCAUUGAAGCCAAUGCCUCCGCCAGGCUUUGGUAUCGAGGAAGCACGAAACAAGACAGCGCUCGACGAGACGAUGCGGAGGAAGACUACGACCGGAUUUCAUCUAAGCGGCACGACCUCAAUGUUACCAUUGGCCUACGGUGGAGUAGUAGACCCGUCGCUCAGAGUAUAUGGUACGAGGAACCUGAGAGUCGUAGAUGCAGGCGUUAUACCACUGCUACCUGGCGCACAUAUCCAGGCCGCAAUAUACGCUAUUGGUGAAAAGGUAUGA